AUGAAGGAAGCAGAUGGGGAGGAGAGGGACCGGAAGCCAGGGAAGGAGGACCGGAAGCGGGAGAGGUCUGCUGAUAGCUGCUUGCUCUCUAGGAUCAUCUGUCUAGAGUCGACACCACCCACAGUGGGCUCGGGGCCUCCCACAUCAAUAAUUAAUCAAGAAAUUAUCCCACAGAUUUGCCCACAGACCAAUGUGAUAGAGGCAAUUCUUCAGCUGAUGGUCCUUCUUUCCAGCAUUGGACCACCGGCGUGCCACACUACACCAGAUGCGGCAGUGGACACCAGCUCCGAGAUCACCACCAAGGGCUUGAAGGAGAAGGAGGAAGUUGUGGAGGAGACAGAGAAUGAAAGAGACGCACCUGCCAAUGGGAAUGCUCAAAAUGAGGAAAACGGGGAGCAGGAGGCUGACAAUGAGGUAGAUGAAGAAGAGGAAGAAGGUGGGGAGGAAGAGGAGGAGGAGGAAGGUGAUGGUGAGGAAGAGGAUGGAGAUGAAGAUGAGGAAGCUGAGGCUCCUACGGGCAAGCGGGUAGCUGAGGAUGGUGAGGAUGAUGAUGUUGACACCGAGAAGCAGAAGACUGAUGAGGAUGACCAGACAGCAAAAGGAAAAGCUAACCUUACACACCGUGACCUAUUCACCCUCCACUUCCCGUCUCAGAAUUUAAACGUGGUCACCUUCGAGUAGAGAAGCAGGCCCCCGCCCGCCCACUGCGGGCAGUGCCACCCACAGAUGACAUGCGCUCUCCACCACCCCACCAAAACCACAACAUGAAUUGGCAACAUGGGAGGAGAAAAGAACCACAACUUCCCAGGCCCUGCUUUUUUUCUUAAAAAUACUUUAAAAGGAAAAUUUGUUUGUAUUUUUUAUUUACAUUUUAUAUUUUUGUACAUAUUGUUAGGGGUCAGCCAUUUUUAAUGAUAACGGGUGACCUAACCAACCUUCAGAGCGUUUUCUGUCCUACUUCAGACUUUACUUGUGGUGUGACCAUGUUCGUUAUAUUCUCAAAGGAGAAAAAAACCUUGUAAAAAAAAAAAACAAAAACAACAACAAAAAAACAAUCUUAUUCUGAGCAUUCCAGUAACUUUUUUUUGUGUAUGUACCUAGCUGUACUAUAAGUAGUUGGUUUAUAUGAGAUGGUUAAAAAGGCCAAAGAUAAAAAGAUUUUUUUCCUUUUUUUUUGUCUAUGAAGUUACUGUUUACUUUUUUUUUU